AUGGCUGCCCCGCGACGGGCCGUCACUCAAGGGCGCGGCGGCGCGUUCUCCACGGCGGCGGGGCUUCUCCCCGUGCUCGUCCUCGCAUUGCUGCUCCAGGCGCCCUCCGCGUCCGCCCGCCACUGGUUCUGGAACGACGGCCUCUUCCCCGUCGCCGCGAAGCCCGCCACUCUCACUGCCGCGGAGUCCGACGGACCGGCAGAGGUGGCUGUUGGGCAGCCAGUUUCAGCAGUCCCGGCGCCAGCUCCGGCGGCGCCGGCGCCGGCUCCUGCGGUAUCGUGCCACGACGCCCCUCUGAACGGAUUCAUCGCAGCCGGAGCCGCGCCCGACCCGUGUGCUGCGCUGGCAGCGGAGCUGAAUCGCACUGCGGGGAAACUUGGGGACAAGACUGGAGGGCAAGGAUUCGCUGCUCCUUCUCUCUUCCGCGCGUGCCACUCCACGUUCCUGUUCAGGAAGGACUGCGACGUGGAGGACCUGCUGUCGAUCGCGAACGCGUUCGACAAUCACUACGUGUACAAGCACAUCGCCGUUGACUCGCCGGACCAGACCAACCUGCCGAGCAGCAUCGAUAUUGUCGCGGACCUGCGGAAAAUCGUCGCGAACGCCGAAGCGGGAAAGUACCCUCGGCUGGUUGACGCGCACAUGGCGGCGUUCCGCGCGACCAACGCGCUCAACGACGGGCACAGCGCGUUCCAUCCGACUUGCUUCGGAGGGAGCAGUUACGACUUGCCGUUGCCGCUCAUGGCUGUUGUUGAAAACGGGCAGCAGAUCAUUCGCGUUGCGCCACGCCGAUAUGUCACUCCCAACGGGUUGGACCAUGUUGCAAAGGUUCUGCACAAUUUUGACUUCAGUCUUUACGAGGGCCGACAGGUGGUGGCUAUUAACGGGGAAAAGGCGGAAGAUUUCAUCCUGAACUGGGCGGACAAGGAAGGGGGCAUGUUUCGCAAUCGGGCUGCGCGAUUCACGAAAUCUUUCGCGGCGAAUAUAGUGGAUGGGUCGUCGGGGGAGACAGGCAUCGUCCAGGUGCCAGGCGACUUCGCCCGGCGAGCCUAUGCUCCCGAAAAUGACACCUUACUGGUGUCGUUCGCAAUCGAAAAGAGUGCUUCGACGGAGGACGUUCAGGUGGCAUGGAUCGGGACAGGAAACCUGACUGCUUUCACAAACGCCACGGAAUACUGGGCGACGUUCUGUGCCGUGGAGCCAUCAAGCAAUGCCACUGACGGCACUAGCGCGCACGCAAGCACGCUCGGACUCCAUGGACACGGACAUGCAGCAGACACACCAGUGAUCUACAAGUUUCUCAAGCGCCACCCCGAUCCAGUUUACUAUGAUGAUACCAGCGAUGGCAGCGGCAACCUGAAUGUCGAGAUUGCGUCGCUUUCUGCUGCAGCAGCAAACGGCUCUUCUGGUGCAGUACGGGGGCCGACUGUAACGAGGAUCUCACCCAAGGAUGACCUUUUCCUGGUGUACCUGAUGGACAACAGCACGGCCGUGAUCUGGCUGCACACGUUCAGUGACGACAUCAAGGAUGACGUCAUGGACCAGGAGGUCACCAAGGCUCUUCAAACCGCAGCAGCCACUUGUCCGCCCUCGUUUCCCCCUCUUGCUCAUUGCCCCAUGAUCCUUUCCAUGUCUCCUCCCUUGCCCCCACAUGCAUUCCUCCAAGCAUUCCCCAUGUGCUCCCCAUGUGCUCCCCAUGUGCUCCCCAUGUGCUCCCCAUCCAUCCCCUCAUGUGUUCCCGCGUCCAACGCCUCUCAGGUCAUCAUAGACGUGCGGGGCAACGGUGGCGGAUCCACGGUGGCAUCAUACACAGCCAUCCGCCUGCUCAUGGGGGCAGCCAAGGUCCCCGACGCAAGCUUCACCAUGCGCAUGGAUUUCAUCAUCGGCUCGCAGUACACCGAGAACGCCAUCGGCCUGCUCGCUGUCAACGCGGCCUCUCUCUACUUCAUCGACGCAUACUCCGACCUCAACGGAACGAAUCUCACAAGCGUGUUUGGCUACGCUCCUUUCCGCGAGCGCCGCUUCACAGCGGCCGGCCCGGCUGGAAACUACUCGGCGCCGUUCAAGAUGACCGACAGAUUCACCGGGAAGGAGCGGCAGCCGGUGUUUGGCGGCCGGCCCUUCCGGGUCCUGUCGGACGGAAACUGCUUCUCUGCCUGCGCCAUCCUUACGCACAUCCUGGGGAAACGCCACAAAGUGCCCAUGGUAACCGUGGGUGGUUUGCCCAACCAGCCCCCUGAUGUGGGCUCCUCGUGCCUCGGGUUCACCCUGAUGAACUUCGCUGACAUGGCCGCGAGUCUCCGCCAGCUUUCUGCCAUGGCGCCAGACAGCGCGUCGCUGCCUCUCAACGUGAAAGGGACGAUUGCCAUGGCGCUUACUAACGGGUAUGUGGAUUCGGAGAUUCCGUGCGAGUUUGAGUUUCUGCCCAGCCAGCAUCACAUCAACUACACCGUUGAUCUCAUUGACAAGCCCUGGGCCAUGUGGAGUGAGGUGGCCAAGCUCUUUGCCUCCGCUGCUGCCUAG